AUGCUAUGCACCCUGCAGACGGGCACCCUCGCCCUGGACUGGCUUGAGCAACGGGGCGUCGUCUUUGAGGCCAACGCCGACUGGCAAGAAAACUCGGCUAAGCCGUGCGACACGGGCUCACCCGCCGCCUCUCUUGUGCCUUUGUUCCCCCAUGUCGACUUUGGCUGCCUUGACCCUGUCUGGCCCGACCAAACGUGCCCCCGCGCCGGUCGCUAUGCCUACACGCGCGGCGCCAUCCUCGCCCGCGGCGCCGACGCCCUCGACGCCCUCCGCCGCGGGCCCGAGGAUCUUAUCUUUGUCGUCUCUCACUCGGGCUUCCUGCGCUCCGGCGUCGCCGGCUGGUGGUUCUUUAACGCCGACUAUCGCAUCUUUCGCUUCGGCGCCAUCCAUUAG